AUGACAGAGUUGUCUGUUGUUUGCCAGUCUGACAUUGUAUUUUCCCAUCCUGGAGAUGAUGUUGUUCUGUCGUGUCAUCUUAAGCCGGCUAUCAGUGCUGCUUCAAUGGAAAUUCAGUGGUGGCAUAAGGAGGAUCCAGUUUUCCAUUAUAAGAAUGGACAGGUGACAAUGAACAUAGACUAUGAGGGUCGAGUGAGUCUCCCAUUGCAAGAUCUACAAAAUGGAAAUGUGUCUUUGACUCUCCGAGACGUCAGGAGUUCACAGAAGGGCCUCUAUAUUUGUGAGGUCACCCAUGAAAGUCAAUCAAUACAAGAUACAGUUUUUCUCCAUAUCAGCUCUGAAGCCUUUGGACUUGUCACUCCUAUUGGAACGGUAUCUGCUUACCCUGGAUCAGACGUCAUCUUACCUGCUCAUCUCUCACCUGAAACCAGUGCUGUGCCCCUGGACAUUAGAUGGUUCAGAGGAACAGAGCUCAUUUAUCAGUAUAACAACAGGCAGGAGAAAACAAACUAUGAGAACCGAGCGAGUCUGUCCAUCCAGGAGUUGGAGAGAAGUAAUCUUGCUCUGACUUUGAGAAAUUUUCAGCCAGCAGAUUCAGGAGACUAUACAUGCAAAGUCUUUCACAAUGGAUGUCUGCAAACAGGAACAGUUCACCUGCAAGUGAGAGAGAUUCAGAGGUGUGAUGAUGCUAGAUUCAGACAUCUCCGCAGUGUGUUAAGACAAGUACAGAACGAUAUUCUGCUACAAAAAGCACAACUAUUACAGGGAACCAUAAAUCUGCUUCAAGAAACACUUAAUGAAGAUGAAAUGAGAGAUAAUGCCUUUGGCUCUGCUCCUAGACGUUCAAAUAGUAAGGAAGGAAUUCCUCCUCUCAUGGGAGACGAUGGCAUGCACCAGACACACACAAUGGAGGCGGGCAGACAUGUUUUUUUAGAGCGAAAUUUCGAUAUGCACAUUACCAGCAGAACACAUUCAAGUGCACCAAACAUGGCUAGACAUGAUGGUGAUCAAAACAGAAGACGAACAAGUGAAGGGAAUAUUACCACUCAGCAAGAGCUGUCACGGCUAAUUGUACAAACACAGAAUCUGCUAAGAGAUAUAAGAGGAGAAUCAACCAUUGUCCCUACAAGUGCUAGGACACAUGGACAGGAGAACCCUGGAACAUCAAUACAAAGUAUUGCCACAAAGAAAGAGAGAUCCUCCUCGGCUGUACAAUCACAGGUACAAGAAAGAGAAAGACCAUCAGAAUCAGUCAUGACACUAGCUGGAGAAUUAACACGAACAUCAGAGAGGCCAGAAGACAGAAGGCAAAGGACUCGACAGAGGCAUCAAAGCAUACAGAACAUGUGCCAGAUUAUGUAAUUAUUAAUCACAAAGUAGGAGAUAUACAAGUAUUACUAGUCUAUUGGGGUUAAGCAUGUUUAUAGGACAAUCUUAAUAUCUUUGUAUAUUUAACUGCAUAUUUAAUG